GGCAGGUGCGGCUGAAAGUCAAAGUGUAAUAAACCUGUCUGAGGUUUAACGUUCAGUUAACUUAGCUGGGCUCAUUACUUCCUUUUUGAAAGCCCCAUAAUCCUUAAUCUUCAUUUAGUGACAGUUGAUGGUCAUCCAGCACCUGUACCAAGACAAAACCUGAAAAAGCGAGCAGGGAGGAAUUGGCGUGUACUUUUUCAUCAGAACAUCGGACCAGACAGGGAGCCUAAAGGAUGGGGGAUGAGAACAACAGCACCAUGAAGAUAAGAAUCCAGAAAAGAAUUUCUGAAAACUGCAUACCAGUACUGAAAGGAUUCUUUAACGCCCUAGUGAUUGGCCUGUCUACUGCUGAAAUUGUCGUUGGUGCUGUGUAUCUGGAAGACUGCCCAGUCCAGAGAUACAUCCCUCUUUACCUAAUAGUCAUGGGAGUGGCAGUGUUGAUCACCAGACUAUUCACCUCUUUUCAAUGCUGUGAGCAAAAGAGCAGACUAUGCCAGGUGUGGAAGGGAGUUCUGUUUUCAUUUCUUCUGAUGUGGUUCAUUUCAGGGAAUGUGUGGAUUUACAAAACUAAACUGCAAGUACUGGACAAAGAGAAGCCUGAUUAUUGCAACAAGUCCCUCUACCUAUUUGCCUUUUGGAUGACUACACUACUGUACACCUUUCUAGGAUUAAUGCUAGUUACGGCCUGCUGCACACUUGGAUGCAUUUAUGCACUGUAUGAUGAGAAAAGCACCCAGGUUCAUAAAGCACAGGAACAGCCUCAGUCACUAGAGCUUGCUGGUAGUCAGGUGUAGACCCUACCUGACAUAUUCCAAAUUUUCAAAAAGUAUGGUAUUUUCAAAUCUUGGUACCAGGACAUAAUAAAUGGAAAUAAUAAAGAUGUUGGAUUGUGUCUAAGUAGCUCAAAAAACUUGAGGUGUCAGCUCGUCUGAGAACAGCAGAGGAACACAAUCCUAAACUUACCAUUGACUCAGAAAUCCUAAAUCCUGUUUCAUCUGGAGGACCUCAUUAUCAAUCUGUCCCUUAAUUAUCAUCGAUAACGUCUCUCCUAAAUUUUGUUUCUUCAUUUCCAAGUAUAGCUAAUAUGGAUACAGACAUAGGAUUUUCUUCUGCUUUUGGUACUGGGCUUUUGGAACUGUCACAUCCAAGUGUCUAGUCCUCGUUGUUGCCCACCUUCCUAUCUAUAUUGAAAGCAGACCUCAAAAUGGGACUAUGCCAGCGUAUCACUGACUUUAGGUAAGAAAAGGUUUAAGACAAUAUGACUAGUCAACUUUAUUUUUUAACCUCAAAAUGUGAUUGGGGCAACACAGUUUCUUACAUUUCAUCAUGUUAAAGGCAUAAAUACUACUGAACAUUACCAAACCUUGUGGAGUCCAACAGUCUUCCAGACAGGCCCAUCACCACCAACCUGACAGAAAAUGCCACAUUAACAGUACAGUGACACACUGGGGCACACUCUAAAUAACUGACCUAGACAGAUUAAAAGUGGCAGGCUACAGGAUUGAGUGGAUAAAGCCAGCCUUACACUACAUGACUUUUACUACUAUUUUCAGUCAUAGUCUCAAUAUACAUAAUCUUAACAAAUCACAGUGAGUUGUAGACAUUCAGUCAGAGAAUGCACCUGUUUCUAGCAGUUGUGUACAGUAUGUGAUAUGCCUAGUGACUCGGUCAUAGUGCUCUUAACAGCAUCUACAAACACUGCACCUCAAAAUGGAAAAAAAAAAUUGUAACCAGUUGUACGUUGAAGGGGUGGUGUCUUGUAUCUGUGAGAGUUAAGAAACAAUGGGGACUUAAAUGGACGUAAGAUGUAUACAAUACCUACAAAGACUGAAGCACAAUGGGGAUUACAAAAAAAAAA